AUGGCAGCAGCAACGAGCUCUGGCGUACUGGGAUCAUCCGGAGGAGGUCCGGCCUGUGGAAGCAACUUCGUGCACGACGAAAUCGAAAGAGGGUCGACGGUCGACACCGCCGAAGGCGCUUCAGCACUGGUCGACAUCGGGAUUCCGGAUGGCGAGCACGGUGGAGUCGGCAGGUAUGCUGGCACGUUGCCGGUGCCGUGUCCAGCGGACUCACCAGGGGCCCAGCAGCGUGCUUUUGCCGUGGGCUUUCUCGAAAGUGAGACGUCCGGCAGAAUCUCUGUCUCUGGAGCAGACAGAGGUGCGACGAAUGAGACGGAUGGAACCUAUGCGAACACCGUUCAUGGGAUGUUGAAGACCGGAAUGCCAGGAAUGCCCCUGGGUCAGCUGGACCGAGUCAUGGCAGUGACCAGGUCAGAGCAGCAAGAGAGCUUCAGCAAAACACCCGGCACACGCGGCGCACCUGACCGGAGCAGGCACUCUAAUGGCGGCAAGGCGACGCAUCCCCUGCAUUUUUCCGCAGGUUCUGGAUCCCAGAGCAAGACCACCCGGAGCUCCGCGCAGACAGCUCGGCUUCCUGCAAAAGCCGUGUACAAGAGCUGGCCGACGACAGGCAACCUGGUGUACAGCAGCAGGACCGUGCCGGGAGAGGGGGACGCGGUUGUCGAUGAACGUGAUGGACUGCACCUGACCUCAGCGUGGCCCAAGGCCGCCAAAGGUCGUGCAGGUCGCGUGUUACGGGGUGCGAAAUAUGUUGCUGGCAGGAGGUUUGGCCGUGAUCGGAGCGCUUCCCCACGUCCACCCGGUGGCUUCAGAGUCAAACCGUGCACGGACAGCGAAGUGCCUUCUCGCUCCAACUCCAUGCGAUCAAGCCUGACCACAGAGAUCCGAAAGGGUGUCGAGCCUGUGAGAGGCGAGGAUGCGUUUGUGGAUCCUUCGGCAUCUUCAGCCGCAGCAGCACACCAAACUGGGCAUGACGGCAGCAGGCUUGCAAGACUUGCAAGGCUUGCAACCUCGCAGGAUGCGGAAACAGUCAAGCAGCCAAGCCAGGCAAACUCCUCAAGGACCUGCACUGAAGGUUCACAGACGGACCCAGCUGCUUCCAGCCCGCCGGAGAUGGCAAAGAUUGAGAUCAAAAAGGAGCACAGCGAAGACCUUGGCGGCUCAUCGUCGCAGGACAAAGGUCCAGUCAAGGGCAAAGGCAAAGGAAAGUUGCCACCACCGGCAGUGCCAAAGCACAAGGGUGACGGCAAGAAGGGGAAAGGAGGAGCCAAGGGUGACCUCAAAUCUCUCCAGGUCGAGGAGGAAAAGAUGUCAAUGCGAAAAGCGGAGGUCAUCCCCACCGUCCAGGUGAAGCGAAUUUUCUGGAAUCCCAUCCAUCUCCGAGCCCAAAGCUCCACAGUAUGGGAUCUCAUCGAUGAUGAGUCUUACUGCAUCGACCUGGAGGAGCUGGAACGGCUUUUUGCUGAAGCCAGAAGUCCGCGGGGCAAGCUGGAGGAGAAAACCGGCGGAGGUGAGGGAAAGCGGAUCAUUCGGGUCUUUGACGAGCAGAGGCGCAGGCAGAUUUGUAUCAUGAUUGCCCGUCUGCCGGGAAAUGCCUUGAAGCUGGUCAAUGACAUGAAUGCGCUAAGGCUCGGCAGAGAUGAGGUCGAGCUACUUCUCCAGAAUUGCCCAUCGGCAGAAGAGACACAGAUGCUUCGACGCGCCCAAGAGGAGAAUGUUAUUGAUGAGAACAAUGUUUGGGACACAGCAGAGGAAUUUAUGUUGUCGCUGCUGGCAAUUCCUCGAGUUCAACUGCGCUUGAAAGUAUGGGGCUUCGUCACCUCCUUCCAGGAAAAGUUCGAGCAUGUCGCAGCUGAUGUGACUGGCAUUAUUUCCGGAUGUCGAUGCUUGCUCUCAUCGAUACGGGUGAGGCACUUGCUGGGAGUGGCAUUGCAUGCGGGGAACUUCCUAAACGGUGGGACGCGGCGCGGACGUGCAGAUGGCUUUGCCAUGGAAGCCUUGCUUCAGCUUCGCACUGUCAAGGCUACGCAGGCUGCAGACCAGACUCUACUGCAUUUCAUUACGCUGCAGAUGGAGAAGCAGUACCCCGGUGAGCUUUGUGGCCUCUUCUCACAAGGACAGGAGGCAGACUGGAUCCGACAUGCUGCCAGACGACGCAUCGAGGAUGCCGCCCAGGAAUGCGGGACACUGCUGGCCCAAGCGGUGCACAUGCUGAAGACCAUCCGGCUGGUGCUCGAAGAAGAUCAUGUGUCCGAGGACGGUUCCCUCAAGGAGGAUCCUCUCCAGCAUUUUGGAGAGUGUUUGUCCAUGUGUGUCGCCGAGCUUGAAGCGCUACAAGGCAAAAUAGGCAUCGUGAACAGCAAAUACGAAGAGCUGUGUGAGUGGCUUCACAUUGAUGUUGAUCACCGAAAGCCGAGCGAUGAGCUCUUCGGCAUUUGGCAACAGUUCUUGGAGGACUUGAGAGCAGCCCGUCGCUUGCUGCAGGAGAAGGAAGAACAAGCAUUGCGCAGGCAGAGGCGGCCAAUCCAGCGUAAGAGGCGGCUGGUGCGGAGAUCCGUUACGAUGCCCAACAUUGCUGCCAGCGAGGAACCGUGCUCGACGGCGGAGUUGGUACCGCGGCUGCAUCUUGGCUCGGCUCGCCGAGGCCUCGAGGAUUCAGCAAGUCUGGCCGAACUGCGUGCACAACACAAAGACCGCGAAGCUUCAAGCUGUGACAUAAGUCAAUCGGAGGUCUCCUCCGCAACGAGCUCCGGUGAAGAGGGUGCAUUGGCUCGGCUUGGUCCAUCCGAGAAGCUUCCAGACGAAGAUCCCGGUGUCGACGAUGUUGCGGAGGGCGCCGCAGCGAGUCUUGGUCCUUCAAAGAAGCUCCAAGACGCCGCUGAGGAGCCCCCUGCUCAAGCAGAUCAUGUUCAAAUCCCGUCAGAUGACAAGCACGACCUCGCGCCACCCUGUGAGAAGGAUGCCUCAGCCACUGGUCCUUCUGAGAAGCUCCAAGAUUGCAUUGAGGACUCCGACUCAAAUGGCGCAUGCGGUGACAGGCGAGGUUCGGCAUUCCAGUGCUUAACCCGGGAGAGGUUGAGGACUGACGGAGUGUUCGAGAUGGCCUUCGCAAUACCUUCGAGCCAUGAGCACGCUGGCUUCGAUCCGGGCGAGACUGCCCCUCGAAUCAGCAGACCUGCCGGCUCGGAAGAAAAUAGCAAAAGGAUGGAGCGUCACCUGAUGCAGAGGAGUUGUGAGCCUUUGAAUGUUGGGUACUAG